UCAUCUUCUUCCCCAAUUUUGUUUUUCCUAAACCCUAGUUUGAGCAAAGUAAAGACUUUUUCAAACAAUUAAACCAAAAUCGCCUGAGGCUGACCUUUAGAACAGUUUCUUACCUGGGACUGCUAACGCUGUUAUCGCGACGACUCUCUUAAACUGCAAUUUUCAGUGGAAUAGGAUUACAUACUGACCGGGUAUAACAGAUUAAUGGCUUCGUUUUCAGCUGUUUGCGAAUUGGACAUGGCUUGUAAUUCCUCAGGCUGUGAGUCUGGUUGCUAUGACCGUGAGAAAGAUAAUGGAAGUAAAAUAUCCGUGGAAGAUGCAGUAGCUGGUGGCGGUAAUCAGGAGAGUGUCUGCGUCAAGUGUAAAUGCAAUGAGCCUAUGACAUUUGGGGAUGGUGGCUCGGACGAUGGAAGAUUCUGCGCAGAGUGUUUUAGGAACAACGUCUUUGGGAAAUUCCGUCUCGCUGUUACUUCCCAUGCCAUGAUCACUCCUUCAGAUAACGUCCUUGUUGCUUUCUCUGGUGGAUCAUCUUCCAGGGUUGCUCUUCAAUUUGUGCACGAGUUGCAAAUCAAGGCUUUGAAGAAUUACGAGGCGAGUAGAGAUAGAUCUUUACCUGUGUUUGGUGUUGGUGUUGCGUUUGUGGAUGAAACUGCAGCUUUUCCUGCUCUUUCCACUGAAACGGUUGAUGCGAGUGAGUGGAUUCGAUCUACUGUCUCGAGUUUGUCUCCACCUGCAAAGGAUCUCCAUGUUGUUCCUGUCGAAAGCGUCUUUGGUUCAGACUCUCUUGACGCGCGGGAUAGGCUGGUAAAGCUAUUAGAUUCUGUUCCUGACGAUACUGGAAAAGAAGACCUUCUGCUGCAUCUGAAAAUGCUGACUUUGCAAAAGGUUGCCUCUGAAAAUGGGUACAACAGAUUAGUGGUGGGAUCAUGCACAUCGAGAAUUGCUUCCCAUGUUCUUUCAGCUACUGUCAAGGGACGAGGUUAUUCACUAUCAGCAGAUAUUCAGCAUGUUGAUGCGAGAUGGAAGGUCCCCAUUGUACUUCCACUUCGAGAUUGUGUCCGACUGGAAAUAACUAGACUCUGCCAUUUGGAUGGUCUAAAGACUGUGGAGUUGGCUUGUCGUUCUCAAUGCGGCAUCAAUGAUUUGGUGUCUUCAUUUGUCGCUCUGUUGCAGGAAGAAAAUCCUUCUCGGGAAUGCACAAUUGUACGGACAGCUGCAAAGCUGACUCCAUUUUACUUCAACAAAAUUCCGGAAACAGAUGACUCGAAUGUUCCUAUGGCCACUCAGAGGCGCCUAAAGAGAUUCAAUCUCAAAUAUGAUGGAUCCAUGACUACUGAAGCUUUCUGUCCUAUCUGCAAUGGCCCGCUAAAUAGAUCAGACUCAUCAGAUUUGGAUACUUUUGAAGAAGGCCAGGAAGCUGAUGUCCUUUAUGCUGCUUGCUGUUCAAGUUGCCGGUUUCAAAUACUUCCAGAAGAUGGAUCAUAUCUUGAGCAAUUUAGUUCAUUUCUACCAGAUCACAUGAUUUCCCAAGUGAAGCAUCAAAAGGUUGACAGUCAAGCUCAUCUGAGGGAGAAAAUAAAAGACUGUCUGCUCUUGGACGAUGAAGAGGUUGUCUAAAUCUGCAUUUCAGAUGCUUGCACAAGCUAUGAGAGGAAGUUGAAACCCUGUCAUGCUUAUUAAGGAUAUUCUUGGUUUAAUGUGGAUCUGAUAUCAUCGUAGAUGUUACCCAUUCGUUACAAUGAUGGUUUUGAUGUGAAGCAAAAUCACUGAGCAAUUGAAUGAAGCAUGUCAUAUUUACACAUACAAUACAAAAAUCAUGGGAAGCUAGAAAUUGUGAGAAUAAAGUUUUGCAAUAUUUCGCCUGAGGCUUCAA